GUUACAAUUCAAACGCGGGCGGGCGGGCCUGCAGCCCUGCAGUUGCAGUCGUGUUCUCCGAGUUCCUGUCUCUCGGCCAACGCCGCCCGGAUGGCUUCCCAAAACCGCGACCCAGCCGCCACUAGCGUCGCCGCCGCCCGUAAAGGAGCUGAGCCCAGCGGGGGCGCCGCCCGGGGUCCCGUGGGCAAAAGGCUACAGCAGGAGCUGAUGACCCUCAUGAUGUCUGGCGAUAAAGGGAUUUCUGCCUUCCCUGAAUCAGACAACCUUUUCAAAUGGGUAGGGACCAUCCAUGGAGCAGCUGGAACAGUAUAUGAAGACCUGAGGUAUAAGCUCUCGCUAGAGUUCCCCAGUGGCUACCCUUACAAUGCGCCCACGGUGAAGUUCCUCACGCCCUGCUAUCACCCCAACGUGGACACCCAGGGUAACAUAUGCCUGGACAUCCUGAAGGAAAAGUGGUCUGCCCUGUAUGACGUCAGGACCAUUCUGCUGUCCAUCCAGAGCCUUCUAGGAGAACCCAACAUUGAUAGUCCCUUGAACACGCAUGCUGCCGAGCUCUGGAAAAACCCCACAGCUUUUAAGAAGUACCUGCAAGAAACCUACUCAAAGCAGGUCACCAGCCAGGAGCCCUGACCCAGGCUGCCCAGCCCGUCCUUGUGUCGUCUUUUUAAUUUUUCCUUAGCUGGUCUGUCCUUUUUGUGAUUUCUGUAUAGGACUCUGUAUCUUGAGCUGUGGUAUUUUUGUUUUGUUUUUGUCUUUUAAAUUAAGCCUCGGUUGAGCCCUUGUGAUGUAUAUUAAAUAAAUGCAUUUUUGUCCUUUUUUAGACAA